AAAUGUGUAAUGUUUGUCUAAAAGUGCAACUAACUAGCUAUUUCCUUCCAAAAUAAUAAAACCCCGUGCCUGCCUACCCAUCACCAGAAGCUUCGAGCCUUUCAUCACUCCACCGUCUCUGCGUUUCACAGGCUUCUUUGUCGGCCACCUGCGCCAGUCACGGUCGACCCCAUCUGAGCCGACCACCCACGGCCGAGAAACAGGCCCCCAUUUCUAUUUGUGACAGAGAUGAAGGUGAAGGUAGUAUGUCGAAAGCUAUACGAUUAUGUUCGCUACGAUCUUAAAGAGAUUGCUUUUCCAUCCUCGUUGCCGGACCCUCCUCAUAUAAAAAAGCGUAGAAAGCUCAGCUGGACUGAGCGUUACUUAGUGUUGAAAGAGGCUUCUAGGCUUUAUGCUGCUAGCUGGGUGCGGGACGUAGGCCCUGAAUUACGGCCAAAUGAUUAUAAGAAGACUGAAGAAGAUGAAGAUAAGCCAAAUGAUGCUAAUAGUUCGAAAAAGGAGAAAGAGCCCUCCACAUUGGAAGAUCUUGCUGUGGCAGCUAGAGGAGGCAUGGAGACAUUGAAGCCUGUUUUGCAGCGAGUUUACAUGACAAGGGCUUCUGCGUAUAAAGAUGCUUUAAAAAGUUUCAUAGAAGGCUAUCAAGAGGGUAUUCACCAGAUUAUGGAAAAAAAGUUAUCCCAAUCCCAAAAGGAAAGCGAUAAAAGCAAUAAUUCUACUUAAAUUAUUUGACAGUAGGGAAUAAAUGUUAUUGCUAUAAGCACAAGCACCAGCACAAACUUUUGACUUGAGUUUCUAAACAAAUGCUCCGUUUGUAAGAAUGACAGUUUCCUGUCAAAUGUGAAUAUCUUAGACAUAAUAUAAUAUAUUUUGUUUUGGAGAAUAAU